CCUUCAGAGCCCCACCCAACAGCUUCGCGAAAGCCCCGCCCCUUCCCAUCUGAGGGGCGGCAGGAGCGGCCCUGGGGUAGGCUGGCCGUGAACCAGAGCUACACGGAGAACUGUCGCGGGGCCCUCAUCCCCUUCGGGGAAAGGUGCGAACAUUGUUUCUCACUUUGUACCAGGAGUCAGGAUGUGGACCUCUCCUCCCUACAGCAACCAGUGGGAUCUGACCUCUUUAAUGGCACAAAAAGAGGAACAUUGUUUCUCACUUUGUACCAGGUGAUCUUCGUGACUUCACACUUAGUCAAUGACCCCAUGCUUGCUUUUAUGAUGCCAUUUGGUCUGAUGAGUAAUUGCACCAUUCAGCAACCAAUCUUUGCCCCCAAGUACAUUAAAGGAAUCAUUCAGGCAGCUCCGGAUGGUGGCUGGGAAGGACAGGCUAUUUUUAAAUUAUCCUUCAGAAAAGGAGGUGCCAUUGAAUUUGCCCAGCUGAUGAUGAAAGCUGCCUCUGCUGCUGCCAGAGGAAUUCCACUUGGAAGUGUAAAUUACUGGUUCGGCACUUCAGGACUCUAUAUAACUACUGCACCGGGGCGUUGUGCACCCAACAGACGCCUUGUCCAGGUAAGAUAUGGCAUGGAGGUUCUUCCUGGGAGGUGGAAAGGUAUGCCAGGGGCUCAAAGAUCUAUUCACUGCUACCUUGCCUCCAAUUCUGCUGCAGGAGAAGCAGCAGAGGUUUGGGGGGCUGGAAAAUGGUUGAGUCCAUGACUUCAUUUCCAGACUAAAACCCAGUGGCAAGUCAGUAAAUGACCAGGCUUCCAUUUCAGGUUUACUUUUAACUAUAAUGUUCAAAUAUGGAGCAUACCUGGGCAACUCCCAUCAGUGGGAACAGCCGCUUCCUGCUUACAGCCUGAGCAGAAACAUGUGCUCUUGCCAACUUCCCCCUUCCCCUUUCACACAAGCAUAGCCAUCAUGCUUGUGCCAUGCCCUUCAGCCUCACUGAGGACUCCAGUCCUGGGCUUUAAGCCCUGUAUACUUUCCUGUAACAGUCGUGCCUGUCCAUAGCUGCUGAGUCAUUUUCCCAGGAGACGUAGAUCAGUGAUUCUCAACUAUGGUCCACAGUCUGUUGGUGGACCACAAAAAGUCUCCUAACAGGUUACCAACACACCCCCAAAUGCAGGCUGUUUCUUGGGUUCUCCUUGGAGCAUGACGUACAUGCCCAUCGGCUUAGUUAGUUUUGUAUACAACUGAAGGAUAGUAGUUACCUUCGUUUUUAAGGGUUACUAAAAUCUAAUAUUCAAAAUCUAAAAGUAAGUGUUGCUGAAGUUUUAUAAAAAUGUUUUUGAGUUGAAAUUCACAUAACAUAAAUUAACCAUUUUUAAUGUACAAUUCAGUGGUAUUUAGCGUAUUCACAAUGUUGUGCCA